UGGCGGCGGCGGCGGCGGCGACGGCGGGGACGAGGCGAGGUGCCGUUGCCGGCCGUGCCGCGUGAGGGAAACGGCGGCGUCUCCAGCGGGCCUCCCUCCUCGGCCUUCUCCUCCUCCUCCUCCUGCUGCUGCUGCUGCUGCUUUGCGCCGUCGUUCUCCGGCGGGAACCCAUGCCGGCCCCUCCGAGGAGCCCCGCGGGCUGAGGCGAGACAGGCCUGGCCGCGCUGAGGACUCGGCUGGAGCCUCCUCUGAGGCGGCGGAGGGAUGUCGGGCCAGCUGCUGCUCCCCGGGCUCGGCUGGGGGGGCCUCAGACUCUUCUGCUUGUGGCUGGGCAGCGGGCAGGCGGCUCCGCUGCCCCCGGCAGGGCCAGGAGAAGAGACAGCCUUUGAAAUUUCCUACUCCUUGGUGGUUCUUUCUGCCGGCGGCCUCUUAGUUUUGAUACUACUUCUUGUAAACUGUAUCUCCUGCUGUAAGGAUCAAGAGAUUAACUUCAAGGAAUUUGAAGACAAUUUUGAUGAUGAACUAGACUUCACCCCACCCGCAGAAGACACCCCGACAAUUCAGUCUCCAGCGGAAGUGUUUACCCUUAGGGUACCCAGUGUUUCUCUCCCAGCUCCAUCCCAAUUCCAACUUCCAACAGAAGACCUGAAAUCUCAGGUUGCUCGUCAGAAUUUAAAUUAUAUCCAAGAAAUAGGAAAUGGCUGGUUUGGAAAGGUUCUGCUGGGGGAAGUUUACACUGGCACUAGUGUAACCAGAGUCAUCGUGAAGGAGUUAAAAGCCAGUGCCAGCCCCAAGGAGCAGGAGCGGUUUUUGAGACAUGGGGAGCCAUAUUUUAUCCUUCAGCAUCCCAAUAUUCUCCACUGUACCGGCCAAUAUGUGGAAGCCAUUCCUUAUCUGUUGGUAUUUGAAUUUUGUGACCUGGGUGACGUAAAGACCUAUCUUUGCAACGAGCAGGAUAACAUUAAAGGAGACUCUCAAAUAAUGCUGCUACAGAGGAUGGCCUGUGAGAUUGUGGCGGGGCUUGUCACGAUGCACAAACACAAUUUUGUGCAUGGAGAUUUAGCUUUAAGGAAUUGCUUCCUCACGUCGGAUUUAAAUGUAAAAAUUGGAGAUUAUGGAAUAGGAUUCAGUAGGUACAAGGAAGAUUACAUCGAAACGGAUGAAAAUAAAUUCGUACCCCUCCGGUGGACUGCUCCAGAACUGGUGACCAGCUUUCAGGACCGGCUGUUAACAGCAGAACAGACGAAGUACAGCAACGUCUGGGCCUUGGGAGUGACACUGUGGGAGCUUUUCAGUGGCGCCGCGAAGCCUUACUCUGAGCUCUCUGAUGAGGAGGUUUUGACACAAGUCAUCAAAGAAAAACAGACCAAGCUGUCGCAACCACCCCUCGAGCAGCCCUCUUCUGAUCGAUGGUAUGAAAUCCUGCAGUUCUGCUGGCUGUCUCCGGAAAAGCGAGCCACAGCGGAGGAAGUCCAUAAGCUUUUAGUCUAUCUCUGCAUGCAAAGCCAAAGGGAUUCUGUCAUUGAUCAGGAACAGUGGGACGAUCUCAAGCCGAACAUUUCAAACCGAGAACCCUUGGGGAGUUCCGCUUUUCCGAUCCUGGAUCAUUUCACCGGCAGCCGAUUUGGCCGCGAGAUGGAAGAGGUUCUCACCGUAACCGAAACAAGCCGAGGACUCAACUUUGAAUACAUCUGGGAGGCAGCCAAACACGACCACUUUGAAUGUAACCAGUCAAACCCCAUUGACACGAAGACUUACACAAACAUCUUCUUCCCGGUGGAGGUGUUUGAGAACACGCUGACCGACCAAGGGCCUGGAGCUCAGGUUGAAAGUGGACAGGAAGUUUCCUUACUGGUGCCUGGAGAACUUCCCGUGUUUAACGCCCGUAAACCUUCAAUGGGAAGCGAUUAUUACAUCCAGUUAGAAGAAAAAAUUGGAGGCCUUGGGAGCAUCAACUUUGAUCACCAGGUUGAUGAGUUGACAACAGAAGUGGACAACCCUGAAGUUCUGAAAGACAAAAAUUGUCACGUCGUGGUUCUGGAACACUUUGCUGCUGAAUCCAGUACAGACGGGGAUAUUUUCUGUAAUAGUACAGAUCCCAAGGAAGAGAAUUUACACUGUGUUGGUCUGGUUAGCCCUUCCCAAAACGGUGGUAUCACCAAAAACGAACAGCUGGCAAAUGGGGUCAAUAGACUUGAUUUAGCUGACAUAAACGAGAUCCAUCUGGAGCUGGAAGCAAUUGCAUGCUCAGAUCUUGAGGAAUCUACCCAUGGCUUGCCCAAGAAGGAAAGCUCCCCACCCACUUCUCAAAAUGAAGUGGAUUACUUGCAAGAAGAUACCUCACAGGAAUCUAAAUUUAGCCAACUGACUUUAGAGGAGCUAUCUGAUAACUUCCUUUUUCUUCAGGAGAAGAAUUUAUUAAAGGGGACAACGAGGAACGAAAGUGGUGGCGAUCUCCAUAGAGACCCAACGGAUAAACCAGACCCACCAAAUACGAACUCUUUGGGAGUUGAAUGUAACAUGAGUGGAAAAGUUCAUGACACUAAAAAGGACCUUCUUGAGCCACCAGGGACACUUUCUGGUUCCCCUAGGGUUGAUAAGCAUCUCCUGUUCUCCUUUUCCAGCCCGGAGAAAAACCCUCCUAACAGAGAAGUUGGAGAUAACUCUACCAACAAUGCUUCUCUCCUUGGAAUGGAACAAGUCUCCAAACUCGGUUCAACAGAUAUCCAUUCCACACAUGUCAAAAACCAGAGCCCUGGCCUCAGCUCCUGCCCUGGUGUCUCCCUCAAUGCUCAAGAAGACAGAGAAGAAAACAAACAGGAACUUCAGCGCAGCAGUAACUCCUGGGAGUUGACCCACCACUUAAACUCCGAGGAACUUGAGCGAGAUAACGCCUACGUUCUGAAGGAAAGCGAUAGAACUUUUCAAGGUGAAAGGUACAACCCAGAGGGGGGUUGCCUUCCCACAGAUCGCAUCAGCCAUGAUAGCCUACUAGAAGACAGUUCAUCAGGUUCAACCCCAAGCCUGGGGCAACUGGUAGACACGCCAGACUCGUUUGAGACAUUAGACAUUCACGAAGUUUUGGAAUCCUUUGAACCAGAGAGUCCCCGGAAAUGUUUACCCCCCGAUAAACCCGCCGAUAGCGGCUACGAAACGGAAAACCUAGAAUCUCCUGAAUGGACGUCCCACCUGGUUGGCAGCGAUUCUAGUGAAUCACCUGGAGAGCUGGUGCAGGAGAACCCCACGAUCAUCGUGUCAGCGGAUGUAAAUUCUUACGCCGACCCGACAAACGUGGGCAAUUUUGAAACCACUCCUCAGACAGCCUUGGAGGGCAUCCAUAAUUCAUACAGAGAUUCGGCCUAUUUCUCUGACAACGAUUCGGAGAUUGACAAGAAAUCCGAGGUCAUGAAUCUAUCGAAAAAGCCAACAGUAUUAGCCAAGGACCACGCCGAUUUCUUUGAAAUGGAAAAUGCUGGGAAUACAAAAGAUCCUUCCAGGGGCAGUGAAAUAGCUAAUUAUCAGUUCGUCGGGGACUUGACCUCACAGCUGGAGGUGGAAGGAGGAGGAGAUGACCAUGAGUCUGACGAAACAAAGCAGGAGUGGCUUCAUAAAGCCAAAGAUACACCUUCGCCGCCCCGCCCCGUCCCUGACCUAGAACGUACGGAUGAAGGUGACAUCUAUGAGGACUUCCCUAAAAGUGUAUCUUGCAUGGGCACCAGUACGGCAGAUUUUUUCCCCCAGGGCGAUCCGAAGCUCGCGCCCGCCUUGUACGUUGCUCCCGAACUCUUUGAAAAAUCCACCUUGAGUCAGCUUGAAGGCCAUAAGUUGAAAGAACCAGACAUCGAAGGAAAGUACCUGGGGAAACUUGGUGUUUCUGGGAUGCUGGAUCUCUCCUUAGACGAAGAGGACGCCGACGAGGAGGAUGGGAACAGCGACGAUUCGGAGGACGACCUGAAGAGUUUCCACCUCCACGGGCUUAGCUCGGACAGCGACGAGGACAUGGUGGUGCACCCCGUGCCGGAGAUCAUCAGCGAUGGAAGCGAUGGGAGGCAUCUAAGGAGCUUGCUGAAACAGACAAAGCAACCCCAGGAGAACCACUCGGCCGAAGCCUUUCAGAAGAAUGGGAAAAAAGCAGUAACGUUCUUCAAUGACGUCACCUUGUAUCUUUUUGAUCAGGAAACACCAACCAAAGAACUUGGAAAGCAUAUUGCUGAAUCAAACUCUAAUCACACUCCUGCCCUGGCUGCCAGUUUUGGUUACUUGAAUAAAUUCACCAGUUCAGAAAGUUCUACGGAUGAAGAAGGAGGUUUUGAGUGGGACGAUGACUUCCCUGCUCCUGGGCCCUCCGUGGCCUUGAAGGCCGCCAGCACUCUCAUCAGCUCCAAGUCUUCUUCCCUUCAGACCUCCAAGUACCUCUCUCCGCCGCCGCCGCCCCGAAGCCCUGAGCAGGACUGGUUCCGCCCGUCCCCUUACUCCAGGUUCUCCAUCUCACCGGCAAACAUUGCAAGCUUUUCGCUCACUCACCUGACCGACUCGGAUAUCGAACAGGGAGGGAGCAGUGAAGAUGGAGAAAAAGAUUAAGAACUGAAGCUUCUCUCGGUCUGUUCUCGUGAUUGUGGGGAAUACCUCCGGUUUGGACUAAGAGCCAUUUAAAAGAAAAAAAAGAGAGUCGGGAGCAGAAUUUGGAAUGGAUGUAUUUCACAGCCUACUAUUUUUGAAAAGCGGUGCAUUUGGCAUUUCCUCUUUAAUAUAUAUAUAUAUCAAAAACAGACCUCCCUAUGCUAGCUCUCUCCCAGUACUUGAAAUAAUCCUCCAGAUGAUUUGUACCACAGUGACGUUCUGGUUUAUAUAUAGGAUUGUAAUAUACUUUCUUUUUUGAGGGGGGUAGAGCCAUGUAUUAUCUGUAUGAAUGUGUAAAAUUGUAUAUAGUUGAGCUGCAGAUAUACUACAUUCCUUGAUCAAGCUGAGAGCUGUUGUGUAGCAAGCCAUAUUUUGCAGGUUUCACUCAUUGCUUAGCUGUAGGCGUGCUAGUUGUGUCCUUGCCAAGUCCCUUUGCACUGUACAAAAGCAUUCUGGACCAAUGGGAAUUGUAGUACUGGCAUAUUUAAAUCGGUUUUAUUUUAUUCCUGUGUCUCAGAACUUGAGUUGUCCCAUUGUUGCUUUCUUUUUAAAGGAUUUCUGCCACUUUUACAUGCUGCUCGUCUUUCUGAAAGGGUCACUCACUUGGAAACAGACAGGAAGAUAAUUCUCACUUGCAAUUAAUGGGGGGCAGUGGGUUGACUUAUUUGUGGUUGGCUAAAAAUGGUGAUGGUGAACUGGUUUGGGGGUUUCCCUUGGUUUUUCGUAGGGCAAAUUGUCUGCGUUUUUGUUGGAUGUGUGUGUGUGUGUGUGUGUGUCCAAAUGAUCUUCUUGGUUACUGGACAACUUCUAGGUUGACAUUGUCCAUGUCAACUGUUGACAUUGUCCAUGUCAACUUUUAAGGAUCCGUCCACGGUUCUGGUCACAGUCUGAUAGAAGAUUGUUUCCCUUCUACCAUCAGUUAUCUUUUUUUUGAAGUCAAGUACCUGUAAAAAAAUAAAAAAAGGAAGUUUUAAUAAAUUUGGGCUUGUUGGGUCUUGAGCCUGAGCAUGGAUCACAACAAUCUUCAGUAGGUCAUUGGCUCUUCCAUGACUGACGCAUGAGUCCCUGAAACUUAAUUGUCACAAGGUCUUUCAGGGUGCAAGUUGCAACCUAUGGGCUAACAGGCAGCAUUCAACCCAGAGGUUCUGCCUCGGCUUAAAGGAUCUUUUCUGAGCUCCAGCCCACUUUGUAUAGAUGUAUCCUGAACAUUCCCAAAACAGGAGAAGGCCCUGAUGGUGACAAGCACAGCUUUAGUUACACCUUAUGUGGGCAAGCAGCUUUGAUUCUCAGUAGAACAGUUCUCUCUCGUCUUAAAAUGUAUUUCUCAUUCUAAAAAGAAGCAUAUGUGCUGUUUUGUAUAAUUUGCACACAUAGUUUGGUAGGGGAAGAACAUGCUGGCUUCCCAUUUGUAGAGCUGUUGGGUCGUCCGACAAAAUGAGCUGCUGAAAGGAUGAAUUUUUGAGAAGAACUAGAUAGAGUGGAAAAAAAAAAUAACGUGGGAAGGAUUGGAAAGAAACACGCGUGCUUUUAACCCUUCACCUGUCUUAAUUCUUGGAAGCUAUGUGAAGGGUAGAAACGGUCAUGCGUGAAACAUGCCAGGGAGUGGUAGAGUGUUGACGUAGUGUAAGCAUCUAAAGAACUCCCCCCC